CAGGCGCCAUGAACCGCGGGUGGACGGGCAAAGACCCGGCUCUGGACGUGACGCUGCUGAGCCUCCAUCCCAAAGUCAUGCGCUUCCGCGGCAUGCUGACAGCCAAGGAAUGCGCUUUGCUGCGCUUCUUGAUGCUAGAAGCCUUGAUUUACCUCGACGACUUGGGGACCCCCUUGGUUUCCAGUCGCCCGGGCGCGAUCCGCAACGGUCGAAACGCGAGCGCCGCCUUUGGUGAACUGGGAUCAAGGCCUUGGUUGAGAUCUCAAAACACCGGACACAUUUCCUUCUACUUCAAGGAGCCUCCCGAGUUCAUGAAUCAACUUAUUGAGCGAGUGGGCAAGAUUGCAGGAGUGCAUCCGAACAAUGUGGAACCCAUCUACCAUCUCUAUGUGCCUGCGACACUUCCAUCCAAUUUGCAUUUGGACAACUUCAACAAGUAUCUAUUUCCUCACCGCUAUCUCUCUGUGUCGCUCUUCUUGGACGACCAUGAAGAUGGAGGUACAGUCUUCCCUCUCAUGCUCGAUAGCUUUGGAGACACGGGCGGCAGCACCACUUUAGCCUUGGACAAUGACGAAGUCCAGAAGUGGCAGUGGGUGUUGAAUGAGGAGCGCUUACAACAGGUCAGGAAUGACUCAGAAGCUUAUGCCCACCGUCGUGUGGAUUUGGACGAGCCGAUGGGAUUCCGACAUCGACUGCUGGAAGCUGCGCAACUGAUGUGCAGGAGCGGACGAAUGGCUCAGAUGCCCGUUCUACCGGAGAAAGGCACCAUGUAUCUUUGGUUCAACUAUUUGCCCAAUGGCGAAGAUGAUGUCAGAAGCAUCCAUGCCGGAUGCAGCUCCAGUGUCAGUUAUAAGAUGCUUGGCGCUUUCUUCCUCCGCGACGCUGCUGGCCCCUUUCCAGAGCACGACUCCUUCUGGCAUCCGUCCAAGGUCCGGCAGCAGGCUAACGAUGAGCUGCAACGGCAAGUGGAGAUGAUGGCGGUGAAUGCCUUCAGGUUUGACCAUAUUGCAGCGUUAUUCAACAUGGAACGUCACGCAGUUUUCGAGCUGCAUGGUGCUGCUGAAGCAGUCAGGUUGGCGACAUUUCACCAUGAAUACGCACAGCAGCUGGUUCAACGGGAGGUCGGUUACAGUUGGAGAAGCGAUUUGAAUGACAUCAUCGACGAACAUGGCUUGGAUGCCGAAGUGCCGUGGUAUCGGCAGUCCAUGGAUGGCUUCUUCUAGGCUCUUGUGGUUAGAAAAAAAGCAGCUUUGAGCAGACACAAAAUUCCCCUUCGUCACAGUAGAAAUUGGAUGACGAUCGAGGUGGCAUUUGAUGGUCCGGGAAGAAUUGGAAGUACCCAAACUGAGACGGCUACUGGUUCUUCAAGCCAUCAGCCAUCAGUCCAGUGGAUGGUCAUGGUGAGAUCAACAUCAAGAAGACACCAGGCAGAGUAAACUGAUCACUGAAGAAGUUGAAUCCAUUGAUGCUGGAAGUUGCUGGGACAUAUUGCCGUGGAAUUUAUGGAGCUGUGUGGAAGGGAUGGCUUUCAUCUUGGAGGCAACUGCGGCGAUGGUAAGGAACACCUGUAGCACCUGAUUUACGAUGUGACUUCAGGUUGACCAUCGGAGCGUGGACAAAAA